AUGGAUGAUCUUUACGACGAGUUCGGUAACUUCAUCGGCGAGGAAGUCGAGUCCGAGGAGGCAUCAGAGGUGGGCGUUGACGCUGGCGACUAUGUCUACGAUGACGCGUCAGAAGGCGCAGGCGGCGCGCAGGGCCAGGAGCUCAUGGAGCUAGACGAGGGCCCGUCGAACUCAGUCAUCCUCCAUGAGGACAAGCAAUACUACCCAACCGCAGAGCAAGUGUACGGCACCGAGGUCGAGACGCGAGUCGAGGAGGAGGAUGCGCAGCCACUCACGCAACCGAUCAUUGCGCCCGUCGAGCAGAAGAAAUUCAACAUUGAAGAAGCCGAUCUUCCGCCCGUAUUCUUCGAGCGCGAGUUCAUGACCGAUUUGAUGAACUUACCCGAACACAUCCGCAACGUGGCAUUCGCGGGCCAUUUGCACCAUGGCAAAACUGCAUUUGCGGACAUGCUGGUGAUGGAGACACACGACAUCAGCGACAGGUUAGAACGCAGAGUCGGGCGGAAGAGAGACGAGCAGUUGCGGUACACAGACAUUCACAUUACCGAGCGCGAGAGGGGCCUAUCCGUCAAGUCGGCGCCCAUGACCAUGGUGCUGCAAAGCUCCAAGGGCAAGUCGCACCUGGUGAACUUUAUCGACACACCCGGCCAUGUCAACUUUGUGGACGAGGUUGCAGCUGCUUUCCGUUUGGUCGACGGUGUAUGUCUCGUGGUGGAUGUGGUCGAGGGCGUGCAGGUCAACACCGAGCAGAUUAUCAGGCACGCCGUGCUGGAGGAUAUUCCCCUCACCCUGAUCAUCAACAAAUUUGAUCGGCUGAUCUUGGAGUUGAAGCUGCCGCCGAAGGAUGCCUACUUCAAGUUAAAGCACGUCGUGGAGGAGGUCAAUAGCGUGAUUGCGGACACUGUGCCCCUGACGGCAGCGUCAAAACGCAUCAGUCCUGAGAAGGGCAAUGUGUUGUUUGCGUGUACAGACAUGGGCUGGUGCUUCACGCUGCCGUCCUUUGCCAAAAUGUACACCGACACUUAUGGUGACAUUGAUCCCGAAGAGUUUGCAAAGCGAUUAUGGGGCGACGUUUUCUACAACCCGAAGAAGCGCAACUUUACACGCAAAGGAACGGAGGAGCGGUCAGCGCGGUCGUUUGUCCAUUUUGUGCUGGAACCUAUCUACAAGCUCUUUACACACUCCAUCAGCGAUAGCCCUGCGGAGCUGCGACCAGUCCUGGCGUCGCUAGGAAUAACCCUGAAACCAUCACAGUACAAGGCGGACGCCAAGGAGAUCCUGAGGCUGGUCUCUGAGCAAUUUUUUGGCCCCUCCACAGGAUUUGUGGACAUGAUUGUGCGCCAUGUUCCGUCGCCGGCGGACGGUGCUGAAAGGAUGUUGGAGCGCUACUACACGGGACCUACCGAUUCGAGGGUGGCAGCGUCGAUGAAAUCGUGUGAUCAGGAUGGUCCGCUGGUCGUGCACGUCACCAAACUCUACAAUGCGUCUGACGCGAAAAGCUUCUAUUCAUUUGGUCGGGUGCUGAGCGGUACUGCCCGCCCCGGCAUGCAGGUCAGAGUCCUGGGAGAGGGCUAUUCACUGGAUGAUGAGGAAGAUAUGGCCAUGGCGACCGUGGCCGAGGUGUUCAUCGGCGAGACACGGUACAACAUCCCCACAGAUGGUGUGCCCGCCGGCAACAUGGUGCUCUUGAGCGGCAUCGACAACUCCAUCGUCAAAUCCGCCACUGUCGUUGCGCCGAAAUUCGACGCCAAUGAAGAUGCCUACAUUUUCCGACCCGUCACCCACUUCACUGAGUCAGUUCUCAAGAUUGCAGUCGAACCUAUCAACCCUUCUGAGCUUCCUAAGAUGCUCGACGGAUUACGAAAGAUCAACAAAUCGUACCCCCUAAUCAGGACCAAGGUCGAGGAAUCUGGCGAGCACAUUAUACUGGGUACCGGCGAGCUAUAUAUGGAUUGCGUUCUCCAUGAUCUGCGGAAGCUGUACGCCGACAUGGACCUCAAGGUCUCGGACCCCGUCACUCGAUUCUGCGAGACUGUUGUGGAGACAUCGGCGACAAAAUGCUACGCUAUUACGCCCAACAAGAAGAACAAGAUCACAAUGGUGGCAGAGCAACUCGAGAAGGGCAUUUCUACGGACAUUGAGUCAGGCGCUGUGAAGAUCCGGGACCCUGUGCGGAAAACAGCCAGUUUUUUCGAGGAGAAGCAUGGCUGGGACAAAUUGGCAGCGAGAAGCAUCUGGGCAUUUGGGCCGGACGAUCAGGGGCCCAACAUCCUGCAAGACGAUACCCUACCAACAGAGGUUGACAAAAAACUUCUCAACACGGUGAAGGAGUCCAUCAAGCAGGGUUUCAGCUGGGCAAGCCGAGAAGGCCCGCUGUGUGAAGAACCCAUACGCAACACCAAAUUCCGCAUCACAGAUGUUGCCCUCGCUUCCGAGGCGAUCUCCCGCGGUGGUGGGCAGAUCAUUCCUACAUCUCGUCGCGCGUGCUACUCGUCCUUCCUCAUGGCUUCGCCACGGCUGAUGGAGCCCGUGUACAGCGUGUCCGUCACUGGACCCGAAGAUUCGUACAUGGAAGUCUACAAUGUCCUCGCCAGGAGAAGAGGCCACGUUCUCAGUGACGGACCUGUGGCAGGCACGCCCUUGUACCGAGUCAACGGAUUGUUGCCCGUCAUUGACUCUUUCGGUUUCGAGACAGAUCUGAGAAUCAGGACGCAAGGCAGCAGUAUGGUCAGCAUGGUUUUCGACUCAUGGAACAUUGUGCCCGGUGACCCAUUGGACAGGGAACAGGUCGUCCGGCCGCUUGAGCAGGCGAGCACGCAGGGCACCGCGAGGGAUUUCGUGCUCAAGACAAGGAGGAGAAAGGGGUUGAGCGAGGACGUCAGCGUGCGGACAUUCCUCGAGCCCGAAUUCUACCGGAGUCUGAUGGAGAGUGGGCUACUGGGGGACAUGUAA